AGGAGCCGAGGAGUCAGGAUGAUGUGAUGAGGACGCAGAGGAGGAGACAGGAGGAGGACAGGUAGCAGCGCGGCACGAGGACCCUGCAGUGUGUGUGUGUGUGAGACAGAGAGGAGGACUGCCAACAUGAUGCCGAUGUUCCUCACCGUGUACCUGAGCAACAACGACCAGCACUUCAACGAGGUUCCCAUCACGCCGGAGACGCUGUGCCGGGAUGUGGUCGAUCUCUGCAAGGAGCCCGGAGAGGCCGACUGCUACCUGGCCGAGAUGUGGAGAGGCUCAGAGCGCGUUGUGGGAGAAGGAGAGCGGAUGUUUGAGGCGUUGCAGCGAUGGGGGCAACAGAGGGGGGAGGUUCGUUACCUCCUGCGUCACCAGAGAGCUCCAGGGCGGGAUGCAGGUGGAUCCAGAGUUGCAGACCCGAUGAUGAAGAGGAACCAGGUGAAAGCUUCUGUGGAGAGAUGUCUGGAGAACGGGGUGUCAGCUCCUCGUCUUGACCUGACGCUGAGCGACCUGCAGGAUCUGGCGACCCGACAGCAGCAGCAGAUCAACGCCCAGCAGCAGCUCCUGGCCUCCAAGGAGCAGCGGCUGCGGUACCUGAAGCUGCAGGAUCAGCAUCAGCAGCAGCAGGAGGUUUCUGAACAGGAGCGACUGCAGCAGCUCAGAGAGAAUGCACAAAACCAGGAGGCCAAACUGCGACGGGUCCGGGGACUCAGGGGCCAGGUGGAGCAGAAACGCCUCAGCAACAGCAAACUAGUGGAGGAGAUCGAGCAGAUGACCGGUCUGUUCCAGCAGAAGCAGAGGGAGCUGCUGGUCGCCGUGUCCAGGGUGGAGGAGCUGAGCGACCAGCUGGAGGCGCUGAGGAGCAACAGAUUCGAGCCUCCUUUUCCUCCUUCCUAUCACAACAACACCUCCUCCACUGCUGAGCUGGAGCGCCUUUAUAAAGAGCUGCAGUUGAGGAACAAGCUGAACCACGAUCAGAGCGGCCGGCUGCAGCAGCAGAGAGACAGUCUGAACAAGAGGAACCUGGAGGUGGCUUCGAUGGACCGACGGCUGGUCGAGCUCAGACAGCGGCUCUGGAAGAAGAAGGCCGCCCUGCAGCAGAAGGAGAACCUGCCGGUGACUUCAGACGGCGUUGCACCUCAGCACUGCGGGGGCUCCAGAGUGGCAGCGGUGGGUCCGUACAUCCAGUCGUCCUCCACUACAGGCUCCCAGGGGCCUCCAGUGCAGGCCCGACAGGAGGCUCUGGUGAAGCCAGCGUACCCUGACGGCACCGCCACCCUCCCCAUGCCAGACUCGUCCCUGAAGCCGCCUCCCAGACCAGUAAAACCAGCUGCAGGUUUUGCCACAACAAAAAUCAGCAAACUCUCUGACUGGACCGGCUCAUUUUCUGAAUCCAGUGGAGGGUACAGCCAUGCGUCUACGCUGCCUCGGAUGUCCAGUCACAGCUCCGGUGGUAAAAUCAUCUCUGAUCAGAAGGGUCUCUCUGUGUCCGACAUCCCGCCCCCUGUUCCCUCAAGGACCAAUCACAGCGCUGAGAACCUGCUUAGAGACAAUCAGGCUGCAGGGAAAGGUCUUUCAAAGAUGGCGGCUCCACCUCCACUUCCAUCUAAGCCCAAACCGUUCUCCACCUCUGGCCCUCCGACCCUCUCUAAGCCCGCCUACAGCACGGGGACCUUCCCGGGUAAGGCGCGGCCGGUCGGGGGUCACCACACCAGAGCUCCGGCGGGGGUUCUCUUCACCCACAGCAGCACCCUCCCUCUGCCCCACAAACAGGAGAGCCCACCGGCCGCCGCUGUACGCCCAUACACCCCUGAGCUCUCAGAGGCUCCGCCCCCUUUGCUGCAGAAGCCUCAGACUCUGGCGGCUUCGUCUAUCUACUCCAUGUACACGCAGCAGGCCACACCGGGGAAGGGCUACCAGCCGAGCGGGGGAACACUGCCCCGCAGCAGCACCAGAGUUUACGGGAAACCAAAGAAGCCGACCUUCUCUGCAGACAGCGUCACCUUGAUCUCAGGGUCCGCUGUCUCUGACGGAUGUGAGGCUGACAACAGUUGCCUUGGUAACAGCGAAGGUGUCACCCCAGAUACAUCAGAACGCUCCAACCCUCGACCGCUCAGCCCUACCAAGCUCCUCCCCUUCCUGUCCAACCCUCACAGGAACCCGAGCGACGCCGACCUGGAGGCCCUGCGGCGCCGGCUGCACCACGCCCCCCGGCCCCUGAAGAAACGCAGCUCCAUCACGGAGCCGGAGGGCCCGGGGGGGCCCAACAUCCAGAAGCUGCUCUAUCAGAAGACCACUCUGGCUGCCAUGGAAACCAUCCCCAUGGAGACGGUUGGUCCAGCGGGGGCAGUAACACAGCCUGGAGUUCAGGAGGAAUGGACGGGAGAUGCGGAUGUGAUGCCCGAGGUCGACAACUUCAACCAACCACUGGAUAGUAGCCCGGAGGACAACCUGACCCCGCCCCCUUUACCCCCCCGCUCACCCAUUCCUGACCCCGCCUCCUGCCGCCCCCUGCACCCCCCUGUGGGGGACAAGGAGGAGAAGGAGGUGUGUCCCCCCGCCCCCAGGGACUACUUCUCAGAAGAGUUCCCCCCGUACCCGCCCCCGCCUUACCCCACCAGUGUAGAGGGGGAGCAGGGGGACGAGGGGCUACACCUGCAGCCGCCAGAGGUCACAGGACAGGUCGCAAUGCCUCCGGGUAAGAAGUCGAUCCUUCGUAAAGCCGGCUCAGAGCGGAGCGACCGCAGCGUGAGGGUCAAGUUCAACCCUCUGGCCCUGCUGCUGGACUCGUCCCUGGAGGGCGAAUACGACCUCGUCCAGAGGGUCAUUUAUGAUGUGGAAGAUCCCAGCAUGCCAAACGACGAAGGAAUCACGGCGCUGCACAAUGCCGUCUGCGCUGGGCACACUGAGAUUGUAAAGUUUCUCGUUCAGUUUGGAGUCAAUGCAAACGCUGCCGACAGCGACGGCUGGACUCCCCUCCACUGCGCUGCAUCCUGUAACAAUGUUCAGGUCUGUAAGUUCCUGGUGGAGUCGGGAGCGGCCGUGUUCGCCACGACGCACAGCGACAUGCAGACGGCUGCCGACAAAUGUGAAGAGAUGGAGGAAGGCUACGCCCAGUGCUCCCAGUUCCUCUACGGUGUUCAGGAGAAGAUGGGCGUGAUGAACCGGGGCGUGGUCUACGCUUUGUGGGACUACGAGCCACAGAGUGAGGACGAGCUCGGCUUCAGCGAGGGCGACUGUAUGACGGUGUUGAGGCGUGAGGACGACGUGGAGACCGAGUGGUGGUGGGCCAGAUGUGGCGACCACGAGGGCUACAUCCCCCGCAACCUUCUCGGGCUGUAUCUAAGGAUCAAGCCGCGGCAGAGGAGCCUGGCUUAACGGACCGCUGACAAAUCCUUCCAAAGACCGGAAACGUUAUGAGAAGGAAUAAACCUCCGGACUCAAGAGAGACACCAAACACCAGCUGACGUUGUUCAGAAAGAGACAAGCGUUGGACAUUGGAGUUGUGAUUGGUUGUCAGACAUCGACACAGAGAAUGUCACAGUGAACUCUGGAGACAGGAGUUCAUCUGCAUCCUGUGGUGACAUGAACACAUUAUCCCUUCACCAAGUUCAUCUUCUGUCAUAUUGUCGAUUUUUUCCCCCCUUUUGUUCGCCUCCAGCCGAGAGGACCUAAGGCACAAUUUUGGAGAUGGGUUCAUCUCGGAAUAUUUCUCCUUUUUUACUGAACAGCUGACAGCACGACAAGAUCCACGGACUGCAAAUGAGAAGUCAAGCGUUGUUUGCUGACUGCUGUUUUCAUCCUCCAGUUUGGCUUUUUUGGGUUGUCCCUAUUUUGUUUUUCUUGUAGAAAGAAGAGACCAUAUUUUGUGAAGAUGGUGACACUGGAGAACACUAAGGCUGUGUCUGAAACCACGUACUACAGACUCAAAAUAUCUAUGCUCCAUACAAACCUGACCAUUAGCAACAUGCUAAAUUAUGGAUCACAUGACGUACUUCCAGUCUGAGCUACGUUCAGUGACCUAGCAUCAAGCUAGCGCGACCGUCAGCACGUAGUGUUCAACAACAAUAUGCAAAGUUUCAUUACUAAUUCAGCUACGCAGUCAUUUUAUUAUCGGAAACAUGUCAAAUGUAUUUCAGCACGGAAAUGUUAUUUUAAGCCGCUAGAUGGCUGGCGGGAAGCAGGAGCAAUUCGAGGUUAAGUGUCUUGCCCAUCGGACAUGUUGCUGCAGGAGCUGGGGAUCGAACCCCCUAAGCUUUCGGUUGAGAGUCGACGACUCUACCCACUGAACCACAGCUGCCCAUAGUAUGAAACUCUGCGGUUUCAGACACAGCCUAAGGGACUAGCAAACACUAAGUUAUAAGCUAACGCUACUGUUGCGAGAAUGUUGUUUACUGUAAUCUUAAUAAAAAACCUCCUAGAGGGUCUUUGAGUACAAACGAUCAUAACAAGACAUCUUUGAGGUGACAAAAUGUCAAUCGCAGGUGGCCCCGCCAUGACUCCUCCCCCUUCUUCCUGGUCUCUUUGACUCUAACAUUUGAUCAUAGACGUCUUUACGAUCAGGGUCGAUUUGUCUCAAGCUUUGGUGAAAGAGUUUCACGCUUGUAAUUUUGUUUUGCACUUCCCAGCCACCGUACUUCAGCCUGUUUCGCUGCUGCAGGCCGAAACAAUCUUUAUGAACGAACAAUUCAAAAUCUUUUUGUACCUUUAGUAAUUUAGACCCCAAAAAUGUGUCCAAAUAAGACCCAGGGAUAAAUGUACUGGAACACCCUCGAAGGACAGACAGAAUACUUUAGUUAUUUAAUUUAUUUGAAUUAAUUUUUGCGCCCUGUUAGGAUUUGAUUAAAUCCAGCUCGGGGGCUCAGACAUGCCAAGCGUCACCAUGGCUGCCAUCUUAUCAAAGUCACCUGAACACAAAGAAAGAGAGAAGCUCUUGUUUGAAUGAAAGUUUUGUUUUUGACGUUCUUCAGUUUUCUCAUAUCUCAACGUUAACUUACAGAUUCAUAAAAAGGUUCAGAUUUUCUUUCUGUCCAACGAUCAGAGAAUGUAAGGCCCCGUGUCCACCUGGCAUUUCGUCCUGGCAGAAAAGCGCUGGCUGUGCUCUCAGAGAAGAAAAGCGCUGCACGUCCGUCCUGUCUCCAUGACAACAGUCUGUUGACAACGGCCGCUGUGUGACCCACACUGCUCCGUUACUUUUUACUGCAUGUUUUAUAUUUGAGAUCGUUUAUUUCCCGAUCAGACACGGAGCGAGGAGGAUGUGAGUACAAGACACGAUCUGUAGGAGGCUAAAAUACGGGGAAUAUCAUACAUUUGGAAAAGAGCGCCGUGGAGCGCCUUUCUGAAAAGUUGGAAGAUUUUCAACUUGAGCUCUCGGAGCGACCGCACAAAAAAGGUGGCGUGCUCUGAAAAAAAGAUGCUAGGCGCUGCACUUUUUCUCCAGGCGUUCGCUUGCUCCUGCAAACGCUCUCUACUCACUGAAAGCGAUUGAAAAAAAAAACCGCUAGGUGGACACGGGGCCUUAGUACGUUUAUUUGUUCACUUCGGAGCUAGGCUAGCAGUUUCUAUCUGCUUCCAGUCUUUGUGCUAAGCUACGCUAAACACAGCCUUAUCUCUGUACACACACAAACAUGAAACAUCUUACUGACUUGAUGAAAAGUUGAUUUUUCAAAAUAAAGAAAUAAUUUCCUUCCA